CUUGAAAGAGUUAUACUUGGGUCAGCUUUCGACGCUUAAUCUAAACCCCUUGCGCCCGCGAUGGGUCUCGCGACCAAGCUCCUCCGCCACCAUCGCCGCCUCCUUCUUCGUCCUCUCUCUUCCCCCUACCCUCUCUUUGCCCCUCCCGAAUACCAUAGUCACACCCCAUCUCUGCUAUGUUCCGAUCACUCCUCGAUCACCUUCAACCCUGGUCGUCGACCUGAUAACUCGUUCCGAUCCUUCUCCUGGUUCGCCUGGAACCCGGCUUCGGACAAUGGCCGAGACGGAGGCGGAGAGACGCGUGAAGAUGGAAACUUCGGAAGCUCGGAGUCGGGAUCAGAGUUCAGCCCGCUCGGCGGCUCUCCGACUGGAGUGGAGCCCUCGAUUAUGGGCCUUGACGGGCCUGGAAUGGUGGAGGAAGUGACCGGCGAGAGUGUUUGGAGUUACCCGAUGCGCGCGGUUAUCUCGCUUCUUGAUGGGUUCCACGAUUUUAGUGGCCUUCCAUGGUGGGUUAUAAUCUCCACUUCUACAUUGGCUCUUCGGCUAUCCCUACUUCCUAUGCUUAUUGUGCAGUUAAGGAAAGCUCAAGAAAUUGCUCUGUUUUUCCCAAAAUUGCCACCUCCAUUUCCACCACCUCUAUCAGGAAGGAGUUUCAGAGAACAAUAUAAGCUUUUCCAAAAGAAAAGAAGAGAACUUGGGUGUCCAACAUAUUUGUGGAACUUUGCAUUCUUCACUGUCCAGGUACCUUGCUUUUUGUUGUGGAUGACUAGUAUUCGAAGAAUGUGCCUUGAUAAUCACCCUGGCUUUGAUACUGGUGGUAUGCUGUGGUUCCAAAAUUUGACUGAUUUUCCAAGUGGGACUCUGGGUUUUGUAUUUCCUAUCUUGAUCUCUGGACUGCAUUAUGUCAAUGUUCAGAUUUCUUUCAGAACAAUCCGGUCCAGGAACUUGCGAGGCAUUCUAGGAUUAUUGACAAAAUACUACAAGGUUUAUCUGGACAUUAUGGCGAUCCCUCUACUUUUUAUUGGAUUCCAUAUUCCUCAGGGAAGUUUGGUGUAUUGGGUGACCAACAGUUCACUGACCCUAUUUCAGCUAUUGGCCCUGAAAAAUUCAUUUAUACGAAUGAAGUUGGGUUUGCGAGAUGAGAAAGUUCCUUUGAGAGAACAAGUAUCUUCAGAGAAAGUUUUACCUGAGAAUAAUAUUCAUUUGACGGAGAUCUCUGUGGAUACUCUUUCUCCUCAGAAGUUGCUUGAUAUUGCCCUUGAAGAUCUAGCAGCAGGGCGUCACAACGAAGCUAUUCCACUUUUAGAAAUGGCAAUUGAAAAGGACCCUGAGCUGGUUAGAGCUUUGAUUGCCAAGGGUCAGAUUUUGUGCUCCCAAGGUUCAUUGGUGGAAGCGGCCAAAUAUUUUGAGAAUGCAAUUUCAAAGAUUCAAGAUGAAGAAGAUCCCUUUUUACUUAUUGCAACUUUUGGUGCGGGAGUUUCACAUUUAUGGCAGGGAAACAAGUUAGAGGGAAUAAAACAUUUGAAAAGAAUAGCAGAAUUAAAAGAACCAGAGAGUCCUGCAAACAAAUCCUGUUACCAUCAGGGUUUGGUGAUUUUAGGGAGCACUUUGUUCGAAGAAGGUAAGAAAUCUGAAGCUGCCAAGUAUUUACGAAUUGCAGCAACUUACGAUCCUGGUGUUUCUGUAUACUUGAAAGAAUGUGAAGAGGCAGGAUAAGAAUCUAUUUUACCGCAAGUGAUUUGGAUACUGUCUCAGAGAUGGUAUAACAGAAAGUUGCAGGCUCUUGGCUUCCAUCGAGUUUUUACAGGAUUAGAGGGAGGUUCGGAAAACAAAGCUGCCGCCAAAUAUUUACAUAUUUUUAAUUAUUCGACCACAGUCCACAUUCAUUUGUACAUCGGUUAAAUAAAUAGCUUUGUUUGUGUCAAAUUUUGACAAACAAAAUUGUUGUAUUUCCAUACAGACUAAUCCAGAGUGGUGUCUAAUUUUGUUUUA